GAGCAUAAGCCAAUUGUAAUAGCUGUAUGUAAAACGUCCGAAUCGCCUUAAAUCUCGUGGAAUUGUGGGAUUUCUCGUACGGUCUUUUUCGUUCAUCUCAUCAGCCAUAAUGAGUCUGGUUCUGCCCGAGAAGUUCCAGCACAUCUUGCGUGUUUUGAACACCAACAUUGAUGGCAGACGCAAGAUCAUGUUUGCCCUCACUGCCAUCAAGGGCGUAGGGCGGCGUUAUGCCAAUGUUUGCUGUCGCAAGGCUGACAUUGACCUGACAAAGCGUGCUGGUGAACUGACAGAAGAGGAGGUGGAGAAGGUUGUUACCAUCAUCAGCAACCCGCGUCAGUACAAGAUCCCCGACUGGUUCCUGAACAGACAGAAGGAUGAGCGGGACGGCAAGUACAGCCAGGUGCUGGCCAACGCCCUGGACAACAAGCUGCGUGAGGACCUGGAGCGCCUGAAGAAGAUCAGAGCCCACCGUGGCCUGCGUCACUACUGGGGUCUGCGUGUCAGAGGACAACACACCAAGACCACCGGCCGAAGGGGAAGAACAGUGGGUGUGUCCAAGAAGAAGUAGACCAAUCGGAAUGUGAGGUGUGAAACUGGGGGGUGUGUCCACAAAGGAACUGACCUGAUAAUGAAUGUCGCAUACUGCCCUUCUGAUACCAGAGGGAACAUGGCUCCAUUGAAGCAUAAUGUUAACACUGCAUUCAAAUUUGUAAGUCAAAAACACGAAAGAAAUCAAUAAAUACCCAAAACAGGGACAUUUCAUUAAAACAA